ACAUACAUUUCUACUUUAAAGUAAAUAAUAUGUUGCAUAUAUAUUUAGUAUGUUUUCAGACAUACAUUCUUCAACCCACACGUUAUAGUUUUUUUUUUGUGGGGGAGCAGCCUCCCUCCUUCCUAAAAAGGGGAUGUAAUAUCAUGGGUCUUCACUCCAAUUGGUUUAAAAAGAAAUGUGUUACGAGUGGAGAGGGAAAACGUUAUUAACAAUGAACUACCAUCGUCUAACAUAAUAAUUUUAAAAAAAUGCUAAAUACGUUUUGUGAUUUCAGGUAUAGUCUAACAUUGGUGUGGUCACUGGGUUGUUGAUUUGAUAGCAGUGAAUAAUCGAUAAGAUUAACUUUUAUGUUUUCGACAGCCGUUUCUUUCACCAGUAGACUGCCCUCUACCUCUCAGAGUAUCAUUGUAAAGUAUAACUCAUAUUUUAGCAAGUCUUAUUUUGGGCUUAAAUCUCUGCUUCUCUUGCCCCGUUCUGUGCCGUUGAUCAGGCGCCACCUCCCGUUCCCCUGAUCCGCUCCCGUUCAGGGUCUCAAUCCAACAUGGCUCGUGGAUGAAAUUACCCCGGAUCAUAACAACAGGUCGGUUCCAUGACUUUCCCCCGGGACAAUAGACGGUGUCGCCCCUAUUCACUAAUACACAGAAACCGAUCUCGCGACGAAGAGGAGGAAGCGCAGCUAGCGAGGAGGGGUGUUGCGGUGCGGAGGACGUGUAAAAUAUCUUUCUUUAUCUUACCGUAUCUUUUAUUGGCCUUUGAGUGAUGCGUAAAAACUCCCCACCGCGGAAAAUUGCUUUUGAGAAAAGGACUAGUCUAUGUUUGACAAGAUUUUCAGUACUUUGAUGCCCACAUUUUCUGACUGUGCGUAAGGCUACAUUUUAUGAAUUUCAAUGACUUUGUCUUUUCGUAAGUUAUGAAGAUUUAUUUCUCUAUUGAAUAUUAGCGAUAGCCUACAACUUUUUUAGAGGGGCAACUUUGCAUAUAUGCCUACUUUCUCUGUCUAUUUUAGGUGUUGUUUACAUAACAAAACGUGGGUAUAUUGCUCUUCCAUAACUCUUAAUAACUCGGUAGAAUAAUAUGACAGCAAUACCUUUGGUCUAGGCCUAACGGCUUAACUUUUGGGGUUUAAAGUGCAAUAACCUUUGCAAUACAACUACAUAUUUCUCUUCCGAGUGUUGCCUGAGGCUCGGCGCAGGCGCUCUGGCUGCUUGCUGUCACUAAAACAAUUUUCUUCACAUUGGAAACUGUCACAAGUGACGUCAAUCACGGGGCUCUGACCAAUUAGAAGGCGGGGUGAUUGUUUAGCUCCACGGGCUUCAGCGCCUACCAUGAAUCUCUAUUCACAAUCAAAGCCUCCUGCUGCUGCCGACCAACCGAAUGCGAUUCCAUGCAGCCACUGACAUAGAAUCACAACUUUAUAUCGGUUUUUUCUAUAUUUUUGUUUUUUUUCUAUAUUUUUCAUUGCGAUUAAAAUAUAUUUGUCAUCAUCAUUAUUAUUUUGCCUGCUGUCAAGUUAUUCUAGAAUUACGAGUAAUGAGCAUGGAUGCUUUGGGAAACCAUGUGAUGGUCCCUAGGAUUUCCAAACGGAACACGGCGCUGAGAUUAGUUGACUUGGCAGGGGCGCACCACCAUCACCAUCAUCACCACCAUACCCCUCAGAGCGUGACAGGCUUCCCGGGGUUCAGCAGCCAUCCACACUCAAUGGCUCACUCGCACCCUGGGGAGAUUACUGCGGAACCCCGCCUGGGGCCGAGUCCAUUCGGGCCAGAACACAUGGGGCACUCCGCGGCCCUCAAAAUCAACCCAGCCCAUCAUUAUCCACACAACCAUCACCACCACAAUCAUCAUAUGGCAGGCCACAGUGAAGUGGUCUCCAGUCAAACGGGAGCUUUUGGCCCGGUGCAUGCAGCGACCGUCCCCUAUUCUAUGACCCACACGGCCCAGGCGUUGUCCGCAGCCGCAGGUAGGGAUUUCCUCAUUCGGAGAGAUCUGACCGCUCAAGCCAUGCCGGUGCUCACCGACCAGAGCCCCGGUUCAAGCUCUCAUCACGGAAUGUUUGUCUCAACAACAGGUAGCUAUCCGGGACACUACGGCCAUCACCCGGAUGCAGGUAGCCAUGCCCUCUUCUCCGGACUCCACCAUGAGCAGCCAUCUAGCGGAGCACCAGGUGGCCAAGCCAUGAAUGGCCAAAUAAGGUUAGGAAUACCUGGCGAAAUGUACGUUAGGUCUGAUCACUUGAGUCAAGUGGCGAGCUCCAGGGCUGAUCCGUUCUCCGCCUCGACGUUACAUGGCUACGGCGGUCUGAACCAUCUGAACAUGAACCUCAGCGCCCAGCAUCACGGAGCCGGUGCAUUCUUCCGCUACAUGAGGCAGCCGAUUAAGCAAGAACUCAUCUGCAAGUGGCACGAACCGGAACACUCACCGAAAAAACUCUGCUCCAAAACGUACAGCACGAUGCACGAGCUGGUAACGCAUGUGACGGUUGAUCACGUCGGUGGCCCUGAGAUGGCUAACCAUAUCUGCUUCUGGGAAGAGUGUCCCAGAGAAGGAAAACCAUUUAAAGCCAAGUACAAACUUGUAAAUCAUAUCAGAGUACACACCGGAGAGAAACCAUUUCCAUGUCCCUUCCCCGGCUGUGGAAAAGUAUUUGCCCGAUCGGAGAACCUGAAGAUCCACAAGAGGACUCACACAGGUGAGAAACCGUUCAAAUGUGAGUUUAACGGCUGCGACCGACGUUUCGCCAACAGCAGUGACCGGAAGAAGCACUCCCACGUGCACACCAGCGAUAAGCCGUACAACUGCAAAGUGAGAGGCUGUGACAAAUCCUACACACACCCCAGCUCUCUCAGAAAACACAUGAAAGUGCACUGCAAGUCUCCACCACCGAGCUCUGGCUACGAGUCUUCAACCCCGUCAUUAGUGUCCCCAUCAUCGGACUUAGGCCGAGAGCCAGGGGCCUCGUCGCUCUCAGAACCAGCAGCCUCGUCCCAACCCGCCAAUUUAAGCGAGUGGUACGUCUGUCAUAGUUCUGGUGCCAGCGGAACUCAGACACCUCCCAGCGGCUCCUCCAGCCCUGAUCCCGGGGAUGAGACGCACUACAGACACCCUAACCAAAACUGGCCCAGAAAAUAAUUCUAAAACAUAUGAAAGAUAUAUUUUCUAAUCUGCCCAUGGACUUACAAAAUUAACACAUCGAAAAGGUCUGUUUUCUAUGGCCCAAAUCAUCCCAUGCACUGUCUGGCGUAUCGGCCAAAUAAGACACUGCCAAAUAUAGCUUGUGAUAGCGCGCUUCUAUCUCCAUGUGUUUGGACUUCUUAUUUCUUCUCGUACCAGGUCAUUGUACGCAUGUAUCUUGCUGUAUUAUUUUGUAAUCGAGUUUUGACACUCAAUAUAUUUUUUAUUUAUUUAUUUUUUGAAUCUGACAUGAACAUUUUUUUUUGUAUUAUCGAACCAAAGUGUUUCAAUAUAAACAAAUGAAAUGUACAUUUGUAAAUUGAUACGUUUCAAUGUGUAAGUGUUAACAGUAAUUUUGUAAGCUUUGGUAUUUCAGCUAUUAUUAUUUUUGUUUGCUACACUUAUUUGUAUAAAUUAAAUAAUUGAAAAGUUUGGAGUUUCAUACAAGACAUAUUGUCUCCAUUUGCGAUUGUCUAUUCUAUUGAUUGAAGCGUUUUCCGAUAGUCUAUUUGUUAUUAUUACAUUACAUUCAUAAAUGUUUGGUCAACGUGGGCAUUUUGUGAUUUUGUAAUUCUUGUCAAUAUUUGUUAGUAAUGGAUUUUUAUGAAAAUGUGAUCCUAUCGAGAAAAGACACUCGAAAUGUGUAACCAACUGCCUGGUAAUUUGUCAGUAUUUUGAAUAAAUCGUGUAUGAUAAAAAUGCAAUUUUCCUUUUCUGGGCCUUGACAUUUUAAAAUUGAUAUAGACAUAAAAUAACGAAUUUAUUUGAAUGCAUAUACUAUCAGGGUACUGUUAACCAAUAUAUGACAGGGUGCUCUGAAACGCCUUGAACCUCACAUGCUGUACUCAUGUCUAAUAAGGCAGCAGAGCAGAACAAUACCAGUCUUUUUUUUAAAGGAGCGGUGAGACCAAACACAGAGAGCAUUUUCUAUCACUAUAUUCAACAGCGAGUCUUACUGCCAUUUGUGUCUUAUUUAAUCUCAGGUACCGUCUAUAACAGAGCCCUAAGGAUCGAAAACAUGUUGUACCCAUAUUGGACAACAGGCUCUUUAGAUUUUCGCUUCGUUUUAACUAUGUUCAU